UCGGGCGCGGCGGCGGCGCCGCUGCAGGACGCGGAGCUCGCCCUGGCCGGCAUCAACAUGCUGCUCAACAACGGCUUUCGGGAGUCGGAUCAGCUUUUCAAACAAUACAGAAACCACAGCCCAUUAAUGAGUUUCGGAGCCAGCUUCGUCAGUUUUUUGAAUGCCAUGAUGACAUUUGAGGAAGAGAAAAUGCAGUUGGCGUGUGAUGACUUAAAAACGACGGAAAAGCUGUGUGAGAGUGAAGAGGCUGGGGUAAUUGAAACGAUCAAGAAUAAAAUUAAGAAGAAUGUUGAUGUCCGCAAAUCCGCCCCCUCUAUGGUUGAUCGGCUUCAAAGGCAAAUAAUCAUAGCAGACUGUCAGGUUUACCUGGCUGUGCUUUCGUUUGUGAAGCAAGAACUGUCAGCAUACAUAAAAGGUGGGUGGAUCCUUAGGAAAGCCUGGAAGAUUUACAAUAAGUGCUACCUGGACAUCAAUGCCCUUCAGGAACUGUAUCAGAAGAAGCUAACUGAAGAGCCCUUGACUUCUGAUGCUGCAAAUGAUAAUCACAUUGUGGCUGAAGGGGUGACUGAGGAGUCCCUAAACAGACUGAAAGGUGCUGUGAGCUUUGGAUAUGGCCUUUUUCACCUUUGCAUAUCCAUGGUGCCCCCAAACCUGCUCAAAAUCAUCAACCUGCUGGGUUUUCCUGGAGACCGCCUACAGGGGCUUUCUUCACUGAUGUAUGCAAGCGAAAGUAAGGACAUGAAGGCCCCUUUAGCUACACUAGCUCUCCUCUGGUACCACACCGUCGUCCGCCCAUUUUUCGCCUUGGAUGGCAGCGAUAACAAAGCAGGCCUGGAUGAAGCUAAGGAAAUUCUUCUCAAAAAAGAAGCUGCGUAUCCAAAUUCUUCCCUCUUUAUGUUUUUCAAGGGACGGAUCCAGCGAUUAGAGUGUCAGAUCAACAGUGCCUUGACUUCUUUCCACACAGCUCUGGAACUUGCAGUAGAUCAGAGAGAAAUCCAACACGUCUGUCUCUAUGAAAUUGGCUGGUGCAGCAUGAUCGAGCUCAACUUCAAGGACGCGUUUUAUUCCUUCGAGAGGCUGAAGAACGAGUCCAGGUGGUCGCAGUGCUAUUACGCGUAUUUGACUGCAGUUUGUCAGGGAGCCACGGGUGAUGUGGACGGGGCACAGAUCGUCUUUAAAGAAGUUCAGAAACUCUUCAAAAGGAAAAACAAUCAGAUCGAACAGUUCUCAGUGAAAAAGGCGGAGAGAUUUCGGAAGCAGACCCCAACCACAGUGCUGUGUGUGCUCGCGUCCAUCGAGGUGUUGUACCUGUGGAAAGCGCUGCCCAACUGCUCCUUUCCCAGCCUGCAGAGGAUGAGUCAAGCUUGCCACGAAGUGGACGACUCCUCCGUUGUUGGCCUAAAGUAUUUGCUUCUUGGUGCCAUACACAAAUGUCUAGGGAACUCAGAAGAUGCUGCUCAGUUCUUUCAGCGAGCUGCUAAAGAUGAGCUGUGUCGUCAGAAUAACUUGUAUGUCCAGCCAUACGCUUGCUACGAGCUUGGCUGUCUUCUGUUAGACAAACCAGAGACUGUAGGAAGAGGCCGAACUCUACUUCUUCAAGCAAAGGAGGAUUUCUCUGGCUACGACUUCGAAAACAGACUGCACGUCCGCAUCCAUGCCGCGCUGGCCUCUCUGAGGGAACUGGUUCCUCAGUGACCGGCCGGAAGUAGCGCCCUGUCCCUCCCUACACAGGGCCGCACUCUGAGAUCAAAGCAGAGGACAGAGAGAGGUCUUGUGAAGUUCGGCUUUUCUUCUGCAGACCACCUGUGCCAGGGAUGCAUUUCCCAGUGAAGCUGACGUAUUCAAGAUCUCUUUUAACCAUGUAGCUAAGAAGUGACGAUGGUGAUGAUGGUGAUGGUGGUGGCGAUGGCGGUGGCGGUGAUACCUCCAACCACCUGGGGAGAGGGUUAAGUGACCUUGUUCAAACGUUUUAGUUUUGUGAUUUAUUAUUUUUAAAAUAAAAUCAAACUAAACAUUCA